AUGGCUGUCCAAGGUAUCCUGUGUAAUGACUUCAUGUUCUUCUUCCUUGGCACUCAAAUCAGACAUUCCUCAGGUCGUUUCCUGGGAAAGGCCGUGUCACACGUCGAAGAUUGCUCAACCCCCUUGGAUAACCUGUUUUUUGAACGGCCAGUUGUUCAUAAAGUAAAACCAUUAUGUCAAGAGCAGGACGCCUGGGAACUUGAUGCCCCACCAUCAAUUUCCGAAAUACCUGCGACCCCAGACAUUCAGAAAGAGGUGGAAUGUUUGUCUGCAAGCAGUUUCUCUCAGAGGACAAAGAAAUUUAUGCCUCCAUUUCGGAGCCUCAGUACCAGCACCCAGAAUAUCCAGAAACAGGCAGAUGAGUUUGAGGAUCUCUGGAUCCACAAAGCUCCUAUAAAGAGAGCCCAGAGUGUGGUCAGCAGUGGUCCUCAUGCAGAACAGAAUGCAGAUCUUCCAUCAGAGACACGAGUUUCUUUCUCCUCAAAUCAAAAUCAUCAGUUCAAGAUCAGGUCCUUUACUGGCUUGGAUUUGUCAGAAGGAUCUAGUAUUUCACAGCAGAAGAGCUGCACUGGAGCAAAAAAAGCCUGCAUUCUACCAAUGUCUCCUAAACCUGUACAAAUUCAAGGAGCCUCUGGACCAGCGAUUCUUCGUCCAGUGUCUGAAAUUCCUGCAAAAUUCAGAUCUGUUUUUAAAGAAUUCCCUUACUUCAACUAUGUGCAGUCCAAAGCUCUAGAUGACGUCCUUUACACCGGUCAAAAUUUUGUGGCUUGUGCUCCCACUGGCUCUGGGAAAACUGUGCUCUUUGAGUUGGCCAUUAUUAGAUUACUGAUGGAGAGUAAUGAAGCCUGGCAGAAUGUUAGAGUUGUGUACAUGGCACCAAUCAAGGCCCUGUGUAGUCAGCGAUACGAAAACUGGAAACAGAAGUUUGGGCCUUUGGGCCUUAACUGUAAAGAGUUAACUGGUGAUACGGAAAUUGAUGACUUCUUUGAAAUUCAGGAUGCACACCUCAUCGUGACCACACCGGAAAAAUGGGACAGCAUGACAAGGAAGUGGAGGGAGAACUGUCUGUUGCAGUUGGUCCGGCUUUUCCUCAUUGAUGAGGUGCAUGUGGUAAAAGACGCAGCUCGUGGAGCCACCUUGGAAGUUGUUGUCAGUAGGAUGAAAACGAUGCAUUCCUAUCGCAAGGCUGAAAACCAUGAGGCCAAUGUCAGCUUGAGAUUUGUGGCUGUCUCUGCUACAAUUCCAAAUAUCACCGACGUAGCUGAUUGGUUGGGUGAUGACACUGGACCUGCUGCAUGUCUGGAAAUGGAUGAGAGCCACAGGCCAGUUAAACUGAGGAAAGUCGUGCUGGGAUUUCCCUGCGGCAGUCACCAGACUGAGUUCAAAUUUGAUCUGUCCCUCAACUAUAAAAUGGCCAACAUCAUUCAGACAUAUUCAGACCAGAAACCAACACUAGUGUUUUGUUCCACAAGAAAAGGAGUUCAGCAAUCUGCUGCUGUCCUUGCCAAAGAUGCCAGAUUCAUUAUGAGCACUGACCACAAGCAAAGGUUAAUGAAGUAUGCAAGUUCGCUUCUAGAUUCAAAACUCAGAGAUUUAGUUCUGUGUGGUAUUGGAUAUCAUCAUGCUGGCGUUGAUGUGUCAGACAGAAAAGUGAUUGAGGAGUUGUUUACAGCUGGUGACCUGCCCGUGCUCUUUACCACCAGUACUUUAGCGAUGGGUGUGAAUCUGCCUGCUCAUCUGGUGGUGAUUAAGUCCACCAUGCACUACGUUGGAGGUUCAUGUGAGGAAUACAGUGAAGCUGACAUGUUACAGAUGAUUGGAAGGGCUGGCAGACCGCAGUUUGAUACAACGGCAACUGCAGUGAUCAUGACCAGGUCCCAAACCAAAGACAAGUAUACAAAGUUUAUGAGUGGGGUUGAGACUAUUGAGAGCAGCUUGCACCUGAACCUGGCUGAACACUUGAAUGCAGAGAUUGUCCUCCACACCAUCUCUGAUGUGAAGAUGGUUUUGGACUGGAUUCGGUCUACCUUUCUCUACAUUCGCACAAUGAGGAAUCCAAAACAUUAUGGUUUUCCCCCUAAUCUUGACAAAUGUGGAAUUGAAGCCAGAUUGCAAGAGCUCUGCUUGAAGAACCUUAACUCACUGGCUUCCAUUGGUUUGAUCACCAUGGAUGAAGAUAUCAACAUUAAGCCUGCAGAGACUGGAAAACUUAUGGCUAGAUACUAUGUUGCAUUUGACACCAUGAAACAGUUCAGUAAGGUUGCAGGUACUGAGACCUUACCUGAGUUGAUUGAAAUGAUAUCAAAGGGGAAAGAGUUCAGUGACGUGCAGUUGAGAGUCAAUGAGAAAAGAACUCUCAACACACUGAACAGGGAUAAGAACCGGAUUACCAUCAGGUAUCCCAUGGCAGGAAAGAUCAAAACGAAUGAAAUGAAAGUUAACUGCUUGAUUCAGGCUCAGCUUGGCUGCAUUCCUGUUCAGGAGUUUGGGCUCACACAGGACACGGGGAAAAUAUUCAGAAAUGGAGUCCGAGUUAGCAGAUGUUUGACAGAGUUUCUUCAUCAUCACUCCAGAAAGAACUUCUCUGCUCAGCUCAGCUCUCUGAUACUGGCCAAAUGUUUCCGAGCCAGGCUGUGGGAAAACUCCCCUUACGUCUCCAAGCAGCUGGAGAAGAUAGGGUUAACUCUUGCCACAGCCAUGGUAAACGCAGGACUUACUACAUUCAGCAAGAUUGAGCGGACCAAUCCUCGAGAACUGGAGCUGAUUGUCAACAGACACCCUCCAUUUGGGAACCAGAUUAAAGAUGCCGUCAACAGACUUCCAAAGUACGAACUUAGUCUGGAACAGCUCCCGAGAUACAGUGUCUCCACAGCAGAGAUUGUUGUCACUGUGAAUUUAAAAAACUUUGAGCAGCUGAUGAUGAAAAGGACUGCUCCUGACCAUCACUAUGUUACCCUUGUCAUUGGGGACUGUGACAACAACGUGGUUUUUCUGCAGAAGAUUACAGAUACAUUACUCUUAAAGUCUGGGAACUGGUCAAGGAAAAUUGAUGUAACUAGAACGGCCAAAGGAGAGGAGAUCAGCAUAAACUUGAUCAGCUCGGAAUAUGUGGGUUUGGACAUCCAGCAGAAAUACAGUGUUUUCUACUCCGGAGCUAAGAAAUUUGGAGCUGAGUUGUACAAUAUGGAGAGUCCUCCAUACAUAGCACAGAGACAACAUGCUGUGAUCGAGAGCAAACCAAACACAGGCGUGAAUACGCAGACUGCCACUCCCAGAGCACAGGCAACAUCACAGGAAAAGCCCUAUAAUCAGGCCAAAAACAUUAUUAUUUUUCAUUCAGAUUCUGCCCAGACAGAUCCUGGUAAAAGAGAGUGUAACCAUUUCUGCAAAAACAAAGAACAGUGUGGCCAUGACUGCUGUAAAGUUGGAGUACAGAAGGUAACGAAAAGGUCUAUUAGUAAAGACUCCAGUUUCUCCUCCUACCUCAGAGACCUAAAGAGCAGAGAUGAGACCGCCAUCGAGACCCCAGUCAAACGCUUAAAGAUGAAGAUGAAUAGUGUUCCUGGGACAAUAAACAUGCAACAGUUUUCAUACAAGCCCAAAGACACUCUGCCCACUGUCUCAAGGCCAAACGAGAGACAACUAGACAGGGUCCCUCCUAAACCACACUGUGACUACUCUCUCAAAUCAAACCCAGACCUCACUAAUGACAGCGGCUGCUUCUCCUCUGAUUCACUCUGCGUGAACUUUGACUUUGCGGUAGAUGACUGGGAUGAUUUUGAUGACGAGAACUUAGUUCACUCCUGUGAAGUCUCCAGCUCUGUGAAAGAGAAGACUCGGUGUAACUGGCCUAUAGGUGAUAAACUCUAG